GGGUGGAGAGAGGUGGGUUGAAAAUACAAGGAAAUGUAAGGAAUCAUGGAGAGAGAUGUGAGUGAAGUCUCUUUUCAGGUAGCCGACAACUCCAACUCUCUGCCUCUCCUCUCUCUCUCUCUCUCUCUCUCUCUCUCCCCGUCUCUUCUUCCUUCCUAACAACCGCAUUGCUCUCUGCACAUGCGCCACUCGCCUCUCCAGUCCAGCUCACCACACCCCGCAACAAAUCAUUCAUUCCGUUCGAGAUCAAAGCCCUCGCCGAGGAAACCCGCCCCCAGCUGGAUCCGACCCGUUUCCUCUUCUUCUUCUUGCCCUUCCUCUGUAUUUUUUUCUCUCUCCGCCUCGUGCUUCCUGUUGGGUCCUUUUCAGCAGCUAUUGGCUGUUGCGCUGCAUAUACCAUCUUCCCAGGCCGCCCCCGUUGCUUCAGUUAUUAGAGACCCUUUUCCUCUUUCCUUUUCCCUUUUCCGGAUUCACAAAAUACGACCUUUACCCCUCUUUGCCCGUUUUCUCUACCCGGGGAGCGGGCUGGUUCAUAGCGAAAUGGAACUUGUUGCUGUGUCAUUUUCGGCUGGGGGUAUUUGAUUGGAGGAGAGUUGAGCUGGAAGGAACUCGGUUACCCCAUCUUUUCAGCUUGUCCACAGUCUGCGGUUUCGCUGGCCAAGUUUAGGGCCCGCGGCUGAAGGAGGCUUCAGCGGAGCAGGAUUGAAAGGUUUGCUCAUGAUCACCAAGAGAGGUAUUUGUUAUCUACUGUUUGGAUGUUCUGAGUAGGAAGCAGGCGCCCUGUUUCCUUAUUCUUAGGGGGUGUGUCCCGAAAGUAAUGCAAAUAGAAAAUCCCUCUGCAAAUGGCGAAUCUUACCCCAGGGGUUCUGCUCAAGCUCUUGCAACACAUGAAUACAGAUGUCAAAGUUGCAGGUGAGCAUAGAUCAUCGUUACUGCAAGUGGUGAGCAUUGUGCCAGCACUAGCGGGCAGUGAGCUAUUCCCUAAUCAGGGUUUUUAUCUCAAAGUGUCUGAUUCUUCCCAUGCAACUUACGUCUCUUUACCGGAGGAGCAUGAUGAUCUCAUUUUGAGCGAUAAGAUCCAAUUAGGACAAUUUAUUCAUAUUGAGAGGCUCGAAGCUGCCUCACCAGUCCCAAUACUUAGAGGAGUUAAGCCAAUCCCAGGGAGGCAUGCUUGUGUUGGUAGCCCCGAGGAUAUCGUGGCAACUGAUUCACUCAGCUUCCUCAAUAAUAAUCAUGAUCCAAGUUCUGGUUCGAAGCAUUCCAACAGUGCAAAGACAUUGAAAAAAGUGGGUUCAGGCAGUAGUAAUGUGGGGGAGAAGGUGAGAUCAACACCCAGAGGGCUGAGUAGCAGUGGUAGCAAAGAUGAUUUACGCUCUACGAAAACCUCCUCUCUAGCGAGGUCUAAGUCUCAGUUGUCAAAACUUCAUUCGAACCUAGAAUUGAAGAAGGAAUCUCUACAAAAGUUGAAGCCUUCUAGUUCAAGAUCUAUUCCUUCUUCUCCAAGUAGCUGUUACUCGUUGCCUACAUCAUUUGAGAAGUUUUCAAGUGGGGUGAAGCAACAGUCUAAAAUUAAGGGGUUCGAUAAGGGUUCGCCUAGGUUAGGACUAACAGAAAGAGCGGCUUCUGCUAAUGGAUUAACUCCUACUAGAAGAGUUCCUGUGAUCAAGAACAUAGUUCAGGGUAUUGAGCUGGGAGCAAAGGCUCUGAGGAGGAGCUGGGAAGGAAGCAUGGAAGUAAAGAAGAGGGAUUCCACAAAGUUGCUGCCUUCCAAACUGGAUCCAAAACCUGAAGUUCGGAGUACUUCUGUUCCAAGGAAAAGUACGUCCAGUGAGCGUUCACUUCCUAGAGAAGAUAGUAGGGGCUUUACGAAUUCGUUUAAAGAAGAGAACAAAGGUCCAGUAUCUGUUAAGAGAGCUGCUUUUUCUGGGAUUACUGAUGAUCAAGAAACGAUGAAUAAGCCUAGGCUGUCUGUUGGAAGAAAAUCUUCUGGAGAACUGGCUAAUAAUGGGCUUCCAGGGAACUUUGUCAAAAUUCCAAUACAUAGUAAAAGGCUGACCGAAGGGAGUGUUUCAUGGACUUCUCUUCCUUCUUCUCUUGCUAAGCUUGGGAAGGAAGUUAUGAGGCAUAGAGAUGCUGCACAGACAGCAGCAAUAGAGGCAAUGCAGGAGGCUUGUGCUGCAGAGAGCUUGCUUCGAUGUCUUAGGAUUUACUCUGAGCUAACUUUGUCAGCCAAAGAAGAUAACCCUCAACCUGCUGUUGAGCUUUUCUUGGCUCUCCAUUCAAGUUUGAACAAUGCUCGUACAGUGGCUGAUUCUCUGUCCAAAAUGCUCCCCCCUGGAUCAAUGAAUGAAAAUCUCCCCGAAGAAGUACAGAAGAUUACAUCAGAUCAACGUAAACACGCAUCCAUGUGGGUCCAAGCAGCAUUAGCCACCAAUUUAUCAUCCUUUGCCGUAUUCACCAAGGACCAAAAAGCCUCUGCUGGAAGUAACCAGCAUGUGCUUGUUCUCGAAACCCAUUCAAAGAAUGGUGCUACGAGACCUGAACCCAAAAUCCGUCCAGUUGUUGGCUCGAAGCUAGUAGCCACAGGUGCUUUCCGCAAACAGUUUGAUUCUUCUGCUGCUAGUGAAAAAGCGCAGCCCCUGCAACCACCACCAGAAUGGAGCAGGGGGGGAGGACUCGACGAGGCGAUGGACUUAGCCGAAGUGUUGCGGGUGGAUUCCCAGAGUUGGUUCUUGGGGUUUGUGGAAAGGUUCUUGGACGCAGACGUUGACACGUCAGUGCUGUCGGAUAACGGUCAAAUAGCUGGGAUGUUGACUCAGCUGAAGAGUGUCAAUGAAUGGUUAGACGGGAUUGGGGCGAGCAAGGAUGAAGACGAUGAGACUCGACCGAGUGUUUCUUCCGAGACUGUUGAUCGGCUGAGGAAGAAGAUCUACGAGUACCUUCUCACGCACGUCGAAUCUGCCGCUGCUGCACUUGGAGGUGGCGGUGGCAGCAGCGGCGGUGGAUCACAAUCGUCGCCAAAGCUUCGAGCCAUAGACACGAAAUCCAAAAGGUGACGGCUAAUUUUAUGCAUUACUAAUGUAUGAAAACCACAUCCAUUUUCCCUAGACCAUGAGAGUUGCGGGUUAAGGUGUGUUUUUUCCCAUGCUAAUCAAAUGAACACGGCACCCCUUUUGACCAGGGGUUUGUGUGGUUAUGUGGGAUUGGCAGUGUUUGUUAAUUUAUCAAAGGAAGGGGGAAAUUUUUUUCAAGUGUAAAGUGCUAAAAACGGCAUUUGUGGUGCGCAAAUUUGUGUUUGUUGGCUUCUCCUGUAAUUAUACCAGGCUGUUGUUGAGUAACGCCGAGCUUGUACUAUAAUUUCUUUGUUGUGGGGGUGAAUGGAUUUUUUUUGUUGUUGUUGACAAGGGUGUGAAUGGAUUGAUGUGCAGAGAAUGUUUUAUUGGCUGUUCUAAUCUGAAGUAUGACUUGGAUCUCCCUGGUUUCUCUUUGAGCGGGUACUCAGUCACUUUAAUGUAUAAUGCAGUUAACUUCUAG